GGCGGCGGGUGGAGAUAAAGUUGGGGGCGCGCAUGCGCGCUGCGGAGAAGAGGCUUCAAGAUGGCGUUUGUUCGGCAAGUGUACUCGGUUCUUUUCCGCCGCACUUCCACCUUCGCUCUCACGAUCGUGGUGGGUACCUUGAUCUUCGAGCGGGCCUUUGACCAGGGCGCGGACGCUCUCUUUGACCAUCUCAACAAGGGGAAGCUGUGGAAGCACAUUAAGCACAAGUAUGAGACUGAAGAAUGAAGGAAGCUGAAGCCCAGAGAUGCUGGACUCCCUGCCAUAUCUUCAGUACACGUCCUUCUUCCUGACCACGAACGGUUAAGGUGGCCGUUUGAGCCAAAGUGUGCAUCAUGGAUGGGAAAAAAGCUCCCUGGACUUAUGGGCCUCUUAUGCUGAAAUGUGGCUGAAUAAAAUACAUUCACAGA